AUGUCCCAGUCAUUACUCAACCCCAGUCCUCUCAAGGAAGGCCGGCGAAUCCUUAGCGAGAAGAGCGCCAACGCGUGUCUCUCACCGGCACGGUCACCCGCCAAACAAACGCUCUUCAACUCUCCGUCACCAAAGAAAUUGCUCCCGUCACCUUCGUUCGUCGCCCAAAAACGAUCUAUUGGCCAAGUGGACGCGGAGGAUGCUGAAUCGCACCUGCCAGUUCAAGGGCAGCGCGUCGAGGUACGGCCAGCACAACAUGAAGCUUCGCCCCAAUCAACAUCGACAUCAACAUGCGACGCGAUGAACCUGGACGACCCCGAACAAACAACGAAAUCCAGCCGACAAUCCCCAUACCAAACAAACCCAGCCCGGUCAACACCAAAAGGACCAGAAGUCGGCCCAGCGAGCUCUCAAAAAACCGUCCCGUCAGACCCCGAAACGCGCAAGCAAUUUAUACAAGAGAAAGCAAACCUCCUUCGUAGUAGACUCCAAGACGCCAUGCGCCACGUCCGAGACCCACAAUUCGACCGCAGGGUAUCAGAGCUAGAAGAACACAGUCGAAAAUAUCCUCGACUCUCAGCGUCAGCAUCUGGGUCCGGAUCACAGCUCCAGAAACAUCUAGAGCAGAAGUAUGGUGCCGAGGCCGAGGAGGAUGAAGAGGAUGAUGAUGAUGAGCCAAUGCUCUCCACUCCACGUGCGCCUGGACGAGACCAAACCCGGGAAGAACAACGAGAGAUUGUCCAUAUCGGCGACGACGAAGAUGGGGAGGCAACGCCCACCCAAGACAAUGCUACCCGGCACACGGACGCAAAUCCAGAUACCAGGGCGCCAGCCUCGCCGACGCAGAUGCUUCUGAGCAGCCCUACGCACAAUUCGACCGUGCAAACUGGCCGGUUUGACGAUGAUCAGCCCAUGGCGGGUGACGCAACUGUGGCUACAUCACCCUCUUCAUCACAGAAGGGCGAGGGUCGUGGCGAUGGAGAUGCCGUUGACGGACUGCUUAAGUUGAUGGGAACGAAUACUGGUACAUCUACGACUGCGACUACGACUACAGAUAUGGGUGUCGAAACAGGCGCAAGGGUAUGA